AUGGAAAUGUCAGGGCAGCACCGUAGAGUCGGAAGCAGUCUUCAGUUAACGGUAGGACAUCGUGGCUAUCCAGCUCCAGCGCCAAUGCAAGUUGCUGGGACUAAUCAAGUCUACUACAGUGAGGGCAUAAGAAAUAUUCAUAAUAACAGUAGUGAAGGCAAUUAUUCACGUUAUUGCAACACCGAAGGCACGGUCCAGACUGAAAAUGUCAGACAACAGGGAAAUAACAACAAAACCAACGGAAACAAUAUAAAUUUUAGCAAAUAUAAAGACACCAUCAAUUCCAGCCGAGAUGGAGAAGAAUCGAACAGACGGAAUGGCAGACCACCAGACUUGAACGAAGCUUCGACUUCUACAGGAGUCGAUCAGCAUUACAAGGCAUCUGUAGAGGCCAGUAUUGGGGCAGAUAAACUAAAUUUAAGCGGCUCGACUGGCGUUUCAGGUGGCCAAAGUCGAGUCAUCUACGGUGCCUAUGAAGAUCGAGGAGGGCAGAUGCAAAGAAAGACGCCACAAAUUGGAACCACGACCUCUGCGUCACUAAGGGGUAGAAGUAAUACAGGACCGCCAGACUUAUGGCCUUCCAACUCACUUCAGAGGUGCCUUAAUCUGUUUUGUUGCUGUGGCCUGCUGAGAUGUUGCUGGAUUAAACAUGACAUGAUCUGUCGGCGCUAUUAUCCAAGUAAAUUAGGUGAGAUGAUUAUUCUGUUUCAUAUUCAGUAA